CACCGCCAUAACGGAAGAUCAAGAGUCACCCAGUACUGCGCACGCGAUGAAAUCUCUCCUAACCAUCCUCUCCGCACACCCCCGUCUCGGCGCCAAAAAAGUCGAAUCAACACACUCCCAAUCCGAGCAAUCCUCCCUCGGCGGCGGCCCGGACGAGACUCAAGCCCUCGUACAGCUGAAUCGGGAAUAUGAGGAUACCUUCCCCGGACUCCGGUACGUUACUUUUGUGAAUGGACGAUCACGGGGGGAGAUCAUGGAGGAUAUGAGGGAGAGGAUCGAGGGGGGGAGGAGGGGGGGUGGGGCUGUCGCUGUCGCUGUGCGGGAUACGGUCUGGAGGGGAGAGGUUGAGGAUGCGAUUGAGGCCAUGUGUGAGAUUGCGGGGGAUAGGGUGAAGAAAUUGCUCGCUACCAGUUGAGGGAAGGCGUGUCGAUGUGCACGUAGUCGGUUCGGGGAAAAGCAGGUGAAGAGAUAUCACGGAUACACAAGUAUGAAAAGGGCGGAAAAGGGAUGA